AUGAAUACCCUCCGAGCGGUUGGCCUUUUACGUCGCAGCCAUGCUUCAACCACCGUGCCCCUCCUCCGCCGCACCCUCAUCUCCGCCCCAGGCCCGCAUACAGGCCCCCUCCUCAGUCGACGAGCAGAUCGCGAGCUCCCCUCGAUAAAUGCGAACCGCAGAUGGCUCCGCACUCUUCCAAUCUUCGCGGUCAUAAUCGGCGCCUCCAUGCUGGGCAUCCUCAAUUACCAGAAAUCCUCGUCGAGCGUGGUGAGCAGCAUGCUCUAUGCGCUGCGGACGUCCCCGAAGGGAAGAGAGCUGCUGGGCGAUGAGAUAUACUUUGCGCAGAAUAUUCCGUGGAUUAGUGGGGAGAUUAAUCAGUUGCAUGGGCGGAUUGAUAUUUCGUUUUGGGUGAAGGGAACGAGGGGGAAGGGGAAGAUGAGGUUUAGAAGUAGAAGGGAUAGGAGGAUGGGUUUUUUCCAAACUGAGGAGUGGAGCCUUGCUUUGGAGGAUGGAACGGUGGUUCAGUUACUUGAUGCUGCACAGGGAGAUCCCUUUCAAGCUGCCCUGUCCGGCGAUGAUGCUGCCAGUUGA